AAAGGGCCAAAGGUCGGCAUCCCGUUCGUUGUCUGUGUCGUGUGUUGUAUAUCCUGAAGCUGUGCCAUUUUGCCGACCAUGAGUGCCCUGCGUGUGGCCCUAACUCGGUUCAGCUGGAAAGCCCUACCAGCCGCUGUCAGGUCCAGUCAGCGAGCGCUAGCUCCGGCAGCAGCAGUGAACGGGGCGGUGUGGCGGCGGUACGGUCACGGGAAGCCCGUGGAGAGUGACGAAGACUUUGAUGCCCGAUGGCUGGCCUACUUCCAGCAACCUGAGCUGGAUGCCUGGGAUCUCAAGAAGGGGGUCAACGAACUCUACGGCCAUGACCUCGUCCCGGAACCCAAGAUCGUCGUGGCUAUGCUCCAGGCUGCCAGGAGGCUAAACGACAUAGCGUUGGCCAUCCGCAUCCUGGAGGCCAUCAAGAGCAAGGCAGCUGGGGACAAGGAGAUCUACAGCUACGUCCUGAGUGAGAUCAAACCCACUCUGGAUGAGCUGGGCAUCCGGACUCCAGAGGAACUCGGGCUGGCAUAG